AUGGGUCAUGAAGCCUCCGGUACCAUCGAAGCAGUCGGUUCCGCCGUCACCAAUGUCAAAGUAGGCGACAAGGUAGCGAUCGAGCCAGGGGUCCCCUGCCGGCGCUGCUCGGCAGCCUGCAAGAGAGGCGAAUAUAAUUUGUGCGUCUCGAUGAGGUUCUUCGCUGACCCUCCGGACUCCCACGGGGCCUUGACAAAGUAUCUCGUCAUGCCGGAGGAUUUUGUCUACAAGGUCCCUGACGAGGUGAGCCUCCAGGAGGCGGUUCUCGUGGAACCAACCGCUGUUGCCGUCCACGCGACACGUCUGGCUGAGAUCAAGUAUGGACAAGAUGUCGUCGUGACGGGGUGUGGGACGAUCGGGUUGCUCUGCGCAGCUGUGGCCAAGGCCUUUGGCGCCCGACGCGUCAUCUUGGUUGAUAUCAUCCAGGCAAAGCUUGACUUUGCGCACAAGUUCCUCGACUGUGAGACAUUCCUGGUUGAGCCUGGGACAACGAGUGAAGAUGUUGCUGUGAAGCUGCUAGAGACGAUGGGUAUUACCGACGGAGUGGACGCCGUCAUUGAGGCGUCGGGAGCACAGUCGUCAAUCCAGACGGGGAUCUUUCUGCUCAAGAGCGGCGGCAGUUACGUCCAGGCUGGGUUGGGUAAAGCCAAGCCUGAAGUUCCCAUGUUGGUUCUGUCCGAAAAGGAACUCAAAGUCCGAGGAUGUUUUCGAUACGCCUCUGGUGAUUAUGAGUUGGCUUUGUCGCUUAUCGCGGAGGGCAAGGUGAAGCCUAAAGCGAUGCUGUCGAGUGUGACCCCCUUCGAGACGGCCACUCUGGCCUGGGACAAGACUGCAAGGGGCGAAGGAGUUAAGAAUAUCAUUGAAGGCGUUAGAGAUUGA